AUGAAGCCAAUAAGAGCCUCCCUUCCUUCAAUGGUUCCUAAUUUCACUGGCCGACAGAGCGAGGUUGAAGACAUCAUCGGACACGUAACUUCCGAAUCUACCCGACUGGUGUCGAUCUGGGGUUCACCUGGGUUCGGAAAAACAUCAGUUGCAAUUACAGUCGGACACACGCUCCAGACUCAAGGGCUACCUGUGUAUUGGGUCUCAUUACGGGGACUUCAGUCAAAAGCAGAUCUGACUUCAAAGUUUCUUCGCCUUCUAAGGCAACCAACCAUCGACAAUCAACCGUCCGAUCGGCGUCUGUCCCUUGACGAUGAGAUUUGUCAACUAUUCAGCGAAAUAUCAAAACAGUCUGUAUUUAUCCUUGAUAAUGCCGAUGAUUUGUUAGAAAGUGGUUGCCCAAAAGUGAAGGAAGAGGUCAUGCAACUUCUUGAAGAAAUACUCAGGCAAAACCCAAGGCUGACAUGCAUUGUAACCACGAGAGAGUCUCUUGAGUUUAUGGACAUUCAUUUUCAAGGCCAUCAAGGCUUAAGAAUAAGAACAUUAGAUAAAGCCUCUACACAAUGCUUAAUUCAUGAGUUACUUCCAAAUGCGAGCCCUGCGGAUUGCACAGAAGUCGCGCAUAUCUGCGGACAAGUUCCUUUGGCCAUAAAAAUAAUGUGUUCUUUGAUAUCUGAAGAUAAUGCUUUACCACGCCAGUUUCUAGACGAUUUCAAGGCGUCCUCUACAGAAAGUAUCGUGAGCAUGUUGGACAAUCACGAUUACCCGGCAAGCCAUCGAUUACAGUUCAUUUUUGACUCCUCUUUCCAGAGACUUACUGCACAAGGACAAGAUGCACUAAUUUCUUUGAGCAUUCUCCCUGGGAACUUCACUACUGAGGUCGCUGCGGCUGUUUUAGGCACCAAAAGUGGUUUUCAAGCCAAAAGAAUGUUACAAAACCUUCGAAGGAAGUCACUGAUUGAUUCAGGCUCUAAAUCCGGAACUUUCACGAUGCACAAACUGUUGCAAUCAUUUUCGAAAGAGAAAGGAGACGCUGAGAUGAACAAGACGAUUCUCAAUGCAAAGGAACGUUUGAAUGCAUUCUAUGUCUCGCACUUUGAUAAACUAAAUGAACAAUUUCUCACCGGGCAUUCCAUGGAUGCAUAUAUUGCAUUUUAUGAGAAUAAGGAAAGCAUUAUUCAAAGCAUAGUAGAGGGAUGUUUCGACUCCAAAACAGCCGACAAUGUCUUUGAAAUUUUGGUCAAGGGGGAGUUGUUUCUUGACUCACUUUUUUGGACCCCGAGUGAAAGUAAAAACUUUCAAGACAUAUACGAUGCCGCCAUAAAAGCAGCCAACGUGCAUGGAAAUGAAAAAUACCACAGGCAGCUACUUACUUCCAAAGCUUUCGCUCAAGUAACCUGGGGAAGAAAAGGACAGACGAAUCAGCUUCUCUCUGAAGUGAAAGUUAUGCAAGCAGCAUCGUGCCUUGUUUCUAAUCAGGAAAAAGGCAAAUGCUUCUGCUAUUUAGGAAUCUGUUACCUUACUGCAGAAGAAACGAAGAGUGGAGUCCACUGCCUACAGCAGGCGCUUUCAUCACUGGAGACUUGCAACGACCUAGAGUCGUUAUUUCUAAAGUUUCUUAUUCUUCAGAUCCUCGUUUGUUAUUAUCAGUCCCUAAAUGACUUCUACAACGCCAGUUACUACUAUGACAAAUCACUACCUCUGUCCUCUGCAGUAGGAGAUUGCAAGCUGCUUAUUAUUACCCCGAUGAAAAGCAAAGUACAAAAAACUACCAAUGAAAUGCAGUUUGAAAAGGACUCAAACAUUUUGCUGAAUCAACCUUUCGAAUUCCAAUUUGUCUGUCUCUUAAGUGAAGCUACAAAGUUGUUCCCUGCAAUUAAAACCAAACAAAAUACAAGCCACUUGAUUCUUCAAAUGUUAGAGUGCCUCGAAAAAGAUGUUACACCUUCAAUUGGUUUGCUAACUUUUCACACAGCUGUGGUAAAGCUGUUGUGGAAUUUGAAUAGUGAAGGCCCUGAAAAACUAUUUUGGUCAAGAAUAAAUUAUCAUGAAAAAACACUCAAGCAAUGCAACGAAACUUUCCCCAAAAGUCACGACUUUGGAGGUUAUGGUCAAAUACAAAUUAAAGCCCUUGUGGACUGCUACUUAAACCUGGGUAAAGUUUACACUAAAAGAGAAAAAUAUUCAGAAGCUCUUCAGUCAUCCAAGCACGCGCUAAACACAGCAACAAGGUCCUUUGGAGAAGAACAUGAAAGCACUGCUGACAGCUACAGGCAACUCGGUGAAACACAACACGGCAUGCAUGACUACAGCGCGGCUCUACAAUCUCACCAGCGCGCAUUGGCUAUCCGUAUUAAACUAUUUGGAGAGGAACACGAAAGCACUGCUGACAGCUACAGGGAACUCGGUGUAAUACAAAACAACAUGCAUGACUACAGCGCAGCUCUACAAUCACUCCAGCAUGCACUAGCUAUCCGUAUUAAACUAUUUGGAGAGGAACAUGAAAGCACUGCUGACAGCUACAGGCAACUCGGUGUAACACAAAAAAACAUGCAUGACUACAGCGCAGCUCUACAAUCUCACCAGCGCGCAUUGGCUAUCCGUAUUAAACUAUUUGGAGAGGAACAUGAAAGCACUGCUGACAGCUACAGGCAACUCGGUGUAACACAACACAACAUGGAUGACUACAACGCAGCUCUACAAUCUCACCAGCGCGCAUUGGCUAUCCGUAUUAAAGUAUUUGGAGAGGAACAUGAAAGCACUGCUGACAGCUACAGGCAACUCGGUGUAACACAAAACAACAUGCAUGACUACAGCGCAGCUCUACAAUCUCACCAGCGCGCAUUGGCUAUCCGUAUUAAACUAUUUGGAGAGGAACAUGAAAGCACUGCUGACAGCUACAGGCAACUCGGUGUAACACAAAACAACAUGCAUGACUACAGCGCAGCUCUACAAUCUCACCAGCGCGCACUGGCUAUCCGUAUUAAACUAUUUGGAGAGGAACAUGAAAGCACUGCUGACAGCUACAGGCAACUCGGUGUAACACAAAACAACAUGCAUGACUACAGCGCAGCUCUACAAUCUCACCAGCGCGCAUUGGCUAUCCGUAUUAAACUAUUUGGAGAGGAACAUGAAAGCACUGCUGACAGCUACAGGCAACUCGGUGUAACACAAAACAACAUGGAUGACUACAGCGCAGCUCUACAAUCACUCCAGCAUGCACUAGCUAUCCGUAUUAAACUAUUUGGAGAGGAACAUGAAAGCACUGCUGACAGCUACAGGCAAGUCGGUGUAACACAAAACAACAUGGAUGACUACAGCGCAGCUCUACAAUCUCACCAGCGCGCACUGGCUAUCCGUAUUAAACUAUUUGGAGAGGAACAUGAAAGCACUGCUGACAGCUACAGGCAACUCGGUGUAACACAAAAAAACAUGCAUGACUACAGCGCAGCUCUACAAUCUCACCAGCGCGCAUUGGCUAUCCGUAUUAAACUAUUUGGAGAGGAACAUGAAAGCACUGCUGACAGCUACAGCCAACUCGGUGUAACACAAAACAACAUGCAGAACUACAGCGCAGCUCUACAAUCUCACCAGCGUGCAUUAGCUAUCCGGCUUAAACUGUCUGGAGAGGAACAUGAAAGCACUGCUGACAGCUACAGGCAACUCGGUGUAACACAAAACAAAAUGCAUGAUAACAGCGCAGCUCUGCAAUCUCACCAGCGCGCAUUGGCUAUCCGUAUUAAACUAUUUGGAGAGGAACAUGAAAGCACUGCUGACAGCUACAGGGAACUCGGUGCAACACAAUACAGCAUGCAUGACUACAACGCAGCUCUACAAUCUCACCAGCGCGCAUUGGCUAUCCGUAUUAAACUAUUUGGAGAGGAACAUGAAAGCACUGCUGACAGCUACAGGGAACUCGGUGUAACACAACACAACAUGGAUGACUACAACGCAGCUCUACAAUCUCACCAGCGCGCAUUGGCUAUCCGUAUUAAACUAUUUGGAGAGGAACAUGAAAGCACUGCUGACAGCUACAGGCGACUCGGUGCAACACAAUACAACAUGCAUGACUACAGCGCAGCUCUACAAUCUGAGCAGCGUGCAUUAGCUAUCCACCUUAAACUCUUUGGAGAGGAACAUAAAAACACUGCUGACAGCUACUGGCAACUCGGUGUAACACAAAACAAAAUGCAUGACGACAGCGCAGCUCUGCAAUCUCACCAGCGCGCAUUGGCUAUCCGUAUUAAACUAUUUGGAGAGGAACAUGAAAGCACUGCUUACAGCUACAGGCAACUCGGUGUAACACAAUACAACAUGCAUGACUAUAACGCAGCUCUACAAUCUGAGCAGCAGGCACUAGCUAUCCGUAUUAAACUAUUUGGAGAGGAACAUGAAAGCACUGCUGACAGCUACAGGCAACUCGGUGUAACACAACACAACAUGCAUGACUACAACGCAGCUCUACAAUGUGAGCAUCAUGUACUAGCUAUCCGUAUUAAACUAUUUGGAGAGGAACAUGAAAGCACUGCUGACAGCUACAGGCAACUCGGUGUAAUACAAAACAAUAUGCAUGACGACAGCGCAGCUCUGCAAUCUCACCAGCGCGCAUUGGCUAUCCGUAUUAAACUAUUUGGAGAGGAACAUGAAAGCACUGCUGACAGCUACAGCGAACUCGGUGUAACACAAUACGACAUGCAUGACUAUAACGCAGCUCUACAAUCUGAGCAGCAUGCACUAGCUAUCCGUAUUAAACUAUUGGGAGAGGAACAUGAAAGCACUGCUGACAGCUACAGGCAACUCGGUGUAAUACAAAACGAUAUGCAUGACGACAGCGCAGCUCUGCAAUCUCACCAGCGCGCAUUGGCUAUCCGUAUUAAACUAUUUGGAGAGGAACAUGAAAGCACUGCUGACAGCUACAGGGAACUCGGUGUAAUACAACACAACAUGCAUGACUACAGUGCAGCUCUACAAUCUCACCAGCGGGCAUUAGCUAUCCGUCUUAAACUGUUUGGGGAAGAACAUGCAAACACCGCUGAUAGCUACAGGCAAGUCAAGAUCACUCAAGACGCCCAGCGAAAGUUUAGAGCAGUGAAAAGAACAAAGCGUAAUAGAAAGUGCGUAAUCGCGUAA